AUGAUGGUUCCCGGCGACGCCCGAGCACCCUCAACUGAGGCGCGCGACCCGGCGGGCGGUGCGAGGCGCGAAGGGCUGGGUCUCGAGAGGAGCGGUAACCCGACGGACUGGAGCCCGCCUCCCGCCCGGCGCCUCUCCACUCGCAGAUCCCUGGCGCGCGGGCCGCCUCCCGCCCGGCUUUCGCGCGCCGGGUGGCUGCAACGGCCUCGAGCUCGGCGCGUCGGGUUCGCGCCGGCGCGAGCACGCGCUUGUGCGCUGGCUGGCUGGCGCGCACGCGCCCGAGCGGGCUCCGGGGCGGGGCGAACAGCGCGAGCCCCGGCGAGGUCGGUGUGGAUCCGCUGGCACUCCGGCCCCCAGCCGCGGCUGCGAUCCCCAGCCCGCCGCCCGGCCGAAGCUGGGAAAGGGGCGGUGGGGGCGGGGCGGCGUCCGGCUCUGGGAGAGCUGGGGGAGGAGCGAGGCGGCGACGGCGGCCGCUCUAGAAGAGGAGGAGAAGGAGGCGGAGGAGCUCCUUUCCUCUUCUCAGACCUCGGAGCGUCCGGGACGCAGAGCCCGGAACUGGGGGGGACGCGGCGUCUGCGGGGUCCCCGGAAUCUCCCUGGAAAAAGAGACAUGAAUGUCUGCGAUGAUAUUUCCUGACAAGUUGAUAGAAGAGAAGGAAAGGAGAUCAACAGCUAGUGAGCAGAAUUUCAGAUAACCAGGAUUUAGUAUUUAUCAUCUCCAACUACAGACUUCCAUUGCCUACUUUUAAAUCAGAGAGAACUACAGUCAGAACCCAGACAAGGCAAAAGGAUAUUUUUCAUCUGUAUUUUUUGAGAUCAAAGAAAUCACAAUGUCUAGGAAACAAAACCAGAAGGGUAAGAUUACAUGUGGGCAUAAAUUGUUAAAAGCAUAGUUAUGAAAUAAUGGUAUAUAUAUUUUUAAAAGGUUCUCUUAAUGUGUUUUGAAUGGUCAUAUUUUCCCUCACCCAAUGCAAUACUACUGAUAGGUAUAACUUAUCUCCUUGUCUUGACUGCCAUUAAUUUUAGAAGAGUAUACAACAUUCACAACUUAAUCUGUUGUCUCUUUAAGUAUUUGUAGAUAUUAGAGUAUAGUUUUGUGUGUUACUAGUUUGGGAAUUAACUCAUAUAACAAUUGCUUUUCUACUUUUAUAUUAAAUUGGGAUAUAUUUGCCAGAAAGCCAACUGCGUCUAGGAAAUGCACUCUCUGGAGUAUGAACACAUGUUAGGGGGCAUGGUGGGAGAUAACUUACUGCAGGAUAUUCUAUAUCUGAUGAGUUGAUUCUUUCAUUGGAGACAGGAAAUGAAGCAAGAGUAAGUGCUUCCAGUUUUAGAUUCCUUCUUUAGCUUUCCUUCCAGGAUUAUUACUCUAGCUUCUUGUCUAAAGUAAAAUAUAAGAUUCAGAGAAUCAGAAAUACCAAGAAUAGUUAUGAGAAGGGGAAAGACAAUAGAGACUCCAUAAAAUCACUUUUUCAACUUUUUUAGAAGAGCUGGAAAAAUGCAAAGGAACAAAUUUAACAAUAGCACUAGAACUAUUUAUUAUACAUAACUGGAAUAUAUUUGUUAAAAGAAUGACCGUAGCUAU